AAGGAUCACGGGAAAUCUCAUCGAAUCCAAAAUGGCGGACGAAAGAGCGACUAGUACCACAGAAACACAGAAAAAAACUCGUUUGGACUGGCGUAAGGAAAAAGAACUCGAGGAAGCACGAAAAGCUGGUACCGCCCCAGCGUUACAGGAUGAAGAAGGAAGGGACAUCAACCCUCACAUUCCACAGUAUAUAUCAGCUGCUCCUUGGUACUAUGGCAAGACAGGACCAACUCUUAAGCAUCAAAGACCUCAGCCAGAGAAAAAGAAAGAAGUUGCAGCUCUUAAUGAAUGGUACAAGAGGGGGAUACCUAAUAUCAAAGCACCAUUGAAGUUCAGAAAAGGAGCCUGUGAGAAUUGUGGAGCAAUGACCCAUAAAAAGAGGGAUUGCUUAGAGAGGCCACGAAGGGUUGGUGCCAGGUUUACUGGUGAUGACAUUAGGCCAGACGAGUAUAUCCAGAAAGAUCUAAGUCUUGAUUAUGACAGCAAAAGAGAUAGAUGGAAUGGUUACGAUGUGAAUGAACAUAAGAGAAUUAUUCAGGAGUAUGAGAAGAUAGAAUUGGCAAAACAACAUUUAAAAGCAGAGAAGCUAGAGAAGGAUUUAGCAGAAGGAAAAAAGCCAGAAGAAAUCAAAGAGGUCUUAUCAGAUGACGAAGAUGAAGACAAGUAUGCAGAUGAUGCCGACAUGCCUGGACAGAAGUUUGACACAAAAAGACGAACUACUGUCAGGAAUCUUAGGAUUCGUGAGGACACAGCAAAGUACCUCUACAACCUCGAUAUAAACUCAGCAUACUACGAUCCUAAGACUCGAUCUAUGAGAGAGAACCCCCUGACAGACAAGGACCGCUCAUCUCUAGUCACAUAUUCUGGGGACAAUUUUGUUCGUUACUCUGGGGACACGUCAAAGAUGGCACAGACACAAAUGUUUGCCUGGCAGGCUUAUGAGAAGGGAGCAGAUGUCCAUCUGCAGGCAGAUCCAACUAAGUUAGAGCUCCUUAACCAGGAGUAUAAAGUCAAGAAGGAGUAUUUUGAGAAGGACAAGAAACAGUCCAUUUUGGAAAAGUACGGAGGAGAGGAACAUCUUGACGCUCCUUCAAAGGAAUUGCUUCUCGCCCAAACGGAAAAUUAUGUGGAAUACUCUCGCACAGGCAAAAUUGUCAAAGGACAAGACAAAGCAGUUGCAAAGUCAAAAUAUGAAGAGGAUGUCUACAUCAAUAACCACACAAGUGUAUGGGGGUCCUACUGGGAAAAUGGCAGUUGGGGAUAUGAUUGCUGUUACUCUAUUGUCAAGAACUCCUUUUGUACUGGGGAGGCAGGGAAAGCUUCUUAUGACAAGGGGGUUGGUAUGCCAAUGACGACAGCAGCACAGACAAUACAAGAAGCAGAGGACAGUGGAAAAUCACUACUGGAGAUGCAUCAGGAAAACAGAAAGAAAGGAAAGAAAAGGGAUCAUAAAGCAGAUGAUGAUGAGGAUGAUGAAGAAACAAAACGAAUCAAACUAAAAAAGGCAUUACGAGCAGAAGAAAAGCAACAAAGACAGGCCGAGCAGCUGCUGGCCAUGGAUGAGCGCAGUCGUCCAUACAAUUCUUUACGUGGAGACACCAAAGAAGUGACGGAAGAGGAGAUGGAGGCAUACAGAAUGAGACGUCGACAGGGGGAUGAUCCAAUGAAGGACUUUCUUUAGUUAAGUGGGAUGUAGAAACUCCAACGAAGGACAAGUAAAAGGAAAUGAAGGCAUACAGAAUGAGACAACCACAGGAGGAUAAAACACCCUACAAUGCGAUAGUACAAGGAGCCAAAAUAGGGGUACAGUUGGUGGGAGUCAUCCAUUUUCUCUUAGUUCUCUUGUCCUAAUUCCCCCUACUUCCACCCCUGGGUUAUGUUCCUGUAAUACCAGGCUAUAGCAGGGGGUGGGGCCCUGGGCCCUAUUUUAGACAAUUUUAAGAAAGUGACCAGUAGGGGCAUGGUUGUGCACCCCGAAGUUUUCUUAUUGUUUCCCCCUAGUUCACCCCCCUUGUGCCCCCCUUCAAAUAUGUUGAGGCCUGCUACAGGUCUGGGUACUAGAACUAUGCAAACCAACCAAAGGAAAAGGACUAACAUAGCCUAUUAUGUAGCUGCUCUGUGUUAGUAGAUCUUUAGAUACACAGCUCACUGAUAGGUGACAUGUAUGUCUUAUUUGAGACACCAUCAGACCAAGUAAUGAAGAAAGGAGUUAUGCUUUUCUAAAGAUUUCCAAAGAAUGUGUUAUAACGCAAUAGGGCUUUAUACAUUUAUGCACGAGAAAGACUUUGUUAACCUUCUUGCAAAAUAUGAGUUUUGUAAAUAGAACUAAAUAAAGAACAAAAAAGGA